AUGUACAUACACAGAAAUAAACACGCACAGACACAUGUACAUACAUACAGAGACAUGUACAUACACAUGUACACACAGACACAUGUACGUACAUACACACAUGUACACACACAGACACAUGUACACACAAACAUACAUGUACAUACACGCAGACGCAUGUACAGAUACACACAUGUACAAUUGUACAUGCAUACACAGACACACACACAGACACACACAUGUACACCCCCCCCUCCAUAAAAAGUUGCAGUACUUCGUUGUUCGCUCACAGAGCCGGGUACUGCACUCUAGGGGGAGGCAGAGAGCACAGCACACACUCCUUGCUUUGCUUUCACUGCGUUCAGCUAUUGAGCAGUCUGACGGCUCCCAGUGCAAAUGACAGAUCUGACCUGAGCUCCGAGCCUGCUCAGCAAGACGGCCCUGGGGGACACACUCGCCCCCACCAUCAUUUCCACUCGCCACUGGCGAGCAGGCGAGUGGAAAUUUCAAGCCCUGGUUUAA